UCUUUCAGCCUAUCCAUAACACUCAGUACUCCAACAACAGCUCACAGACUCAGAAACUACCAGUGUUUUCUGCUCAAAGCCAUGCCGAACAUCACUGGUUUCCUGUUUCUCCUGCUUUUGCUGGCCACAGAAGGAUCCCUUGGUAAUUCAAAGAAUGAAGUAUCACAUGGUAGUUCCCAGAAUGUUGUAGGAAGACCACUUGGUAAUUCACUGAAUGCUUGGAAGUACUGCCAAUUGGGAUGGUCCACAUAUGAACGCAGAUGUUUCAGAUUCUUUAAAACUGCACUGCAAUGGAUUUAUGCAGAGGCUGAGUGUUUGAGAUACGGUGGGAAUCUUGCUUCAGUUCACAGCGCUAAUGAAUAUGCCUUCCUAAAAAAACUCAUUCACCAAGGUGCUGGCUCUGCCGUGAAGACCUGGAUAGGCGGCCAUGAUGCUGUAAAAGAAGGAAUAUGGCUCUGGAGUGAUGGAUCCUACAUGAACUUCAGGGCCUGGAAUUCAGGUGACAAUCAGCCUGAUAACUACAAGAAGAAUGAACACUGCCUUGAAAUGAACCAUGGAGCUGUACAAUUGUGGAAUGAUAGCCCAUGCUACGAAUUAAAGCCAUUUAUUUGUGUCAAGAAGUGAAGAUCUGGACGCUUACAUUUAUCUACAAGAACCUUCAAAAAGGGAAGAUAAAAGAAUGAGCAUCUGUAAUCUGAAUAAAACAAUUUAAUAAAGCAAGCAAAGUAUA